CAAAAUUCAGUGGUACGAGGAACAUUAAUAGGUUCUCUCCGUGUCUGCUUUUCCAUUACUUUUUAUUCCUUCUCCUUCACAAAUCGGCCAAGAUAAACCCUGCAUACCAAUCCAUGCCGUCCAUCAACCUUGAAAAACAGACAAUCGAGUUGCCUGGCACCCGCCGAUCCGGUCAAACUGGUGUAUAUCGUAAUGCGGUUCAUACGGAACUCACACAAAGCUUCAGUCCCAAAGUAAAGACGAUGUAUGAUUUAUUCAAAAAUGGAUUGAGAAUUUCCAGAGAUCGUCCCUGCCUGGGUCACCGUCCCAUUGUGAAUCCCAAAACCGGUCAGCGUGGCAAUUAUGUCUGGCAAACUUACCGCGAAGUGAAUCAUCGUGUCACCAAUUUUGGCUCCGGCCUUUUGGAUAUGAUCAACAAUACCCUGAACAAUCCUCGCACUCAAAACAUUCCUAUCGGUAUUUGGUCAGUGAAUCGUCCAGAGUGGGCCAUUGCUGAUCUUGCCUGCGCUGCCUACAGCUUGUAUACAGUGGCUCUUUACGACACCUUGGGUCCCGAUACCGUUGAAUAUGUGAUCAAUCACGCUGAAAUCGAGACCGUCAUCUGCAGCGCGGACCAUAUCGCAGACCUUCUCCAACAGAGACACAAACUCCCUAACUUAAAGUUAAUCAUCUCCAUGGAUACUAUCGAAGACGAGGUGCCUGCUGGCGCCGGUGUAGCUUCGAAGAGCGCCAUUAUUAAAGCUUGGGCUGCUGAGAAGCAAGUGUUGCUCGUCGACAUGAAGUCCAUCGAAGCCGCUGGAAAGAAGAAUCGCCGUCCUCACAAUUAUCCACAACCCAGCGAUUUGUCCUGUUUGAUGUACACCAGUGGCACCACUGGUAUGCCAAAGGGAGCCAUGCUGUCCCACGCCAAUUUCGUAUCUGCAGUAUCCGGCAGUUGGAAGAUGCUGGGCGGUGAUGAAAACGAUGUGUCCAUUUCCUAUUUGCCUUUGGCGCAUAUCUUUGGCCGUAUCACCGAUAUGCUGGCAUUAUGUUUUGGUGGUCGUCUCGGUUAUUUCUCCGGCGAUAUGAAUACUCUGGUGGACGAUAUCCAAGUAUUGAAGCCUACGGUGUUCGCCACGGUGCCUCGAUUGUUGAAUCGCAUUUAUGCCAAACUUGUCCAGUCCACCAUUGAUGCGCCUGGAGCUACCGGUGCUUUGUCCCGUCGUGCUGUUGCUACCAAAUUAGCCAACUUGGAGCAAGGCAAGGGCUAUACACAUGCUUUCUGGGAUCGAUUGGUGUUCAACAAGGUGAAACAAGCUCUGGGCGGAAAUGUUCGUGUCAUGGUCACCGGCAGUGCUCCUAUUGGUAAGGACGUCAUGCAGUUCUUGCGUAUCGCUUUCUGCUGUGACGUCCGUGAAGGUUAUGGUGCCACCGAGACCACCGCUGCUACGGCUGUCCAUUUCGAAAACGAGUACCAGGCGGGUCAUUUGGGUACCCCCUUCAGCUGCAACGAGAUCAAGUUGAUUGACGUUCCUGAAAUGGAAUAUUUAUCCACGGAUCCUUAUCCUCGAGGUGAGAUCUGCGUGCGCGGACCCAAUGUAUUCCAAGGAUACUACAAGGACGAGGAAAAGACACGCGAGGCCAUUGAUGAGGAAGGAUGGUUCCAUACUGGUGACAUUGGUAUGAUCAACGAGCGUGGCUGUAUCGUCAUCAUUGACCGCAAGAAAAAUAUUUUCAAGCUUGCCCAGGGAGAAUACAUUGCUCCCGAAAAGAUUGAAAACGUAUAUGCCAAGGAUCCCAUUGUUGCCCAAAUCUAUUUGCACGGUGACUCUUUGCAAUCAGCCCUGGUAGCUAUUGUUGUGCCUGAUCCUGAUGUUCUGCAAGCCAUGCUUCGAGCCAAGUUGCCCCACAUUGCCGCCAAGAAGUUGUCUUACGCCGAGCUUUGCCGCGAGCCCGAAGUGGCCAAGAUGGUGUUGGAUCAGUUAACCAAGGUUGGCAAGAAGGCCGCACUUCGCGGUUUUGAAUUCGCCAAAGCCAUUUAUUUAGAGUCGGAGCCUUUCAGCAUCGAAAACGAACUGUUAACGCCUACCUUCAAGGUCAAACGUCCUCAAGCCAAAAAGUAUUAUGCCAACCACAUUGAAAACAUGUACAAAGCUUUGGAGUCCCAGGUUGAGCCUGAGAAAGCCAAACUGUAAAUCGGCUCAUCAUGGGUUCCUUGUUUCUCAGUUUAUUCCCCAGUACGAUCAUGUUUUUUGUUGUUUCCUUCUUGAAUCAUUAUCUAAAAAAAUACACUGUAAAUUAUUAAUUUUGGAAGUGCAAUCGAGUCUCAU